AUGUUGACAGAACUGCAGAUAGCGUUUGUACCACGAGAGGAGUCUGUCAGCGCCCGCAACGAACAACUUGCCGAGGCAGCAGCUGUUUGGGACCUCGAGCGCGCGCAUGCCUACUGGUCGGCGACUGCAAAGCCUCUCUCUCUCUCCGUCUCAGCUGUUUCUCCGCUCACCGCCGCGGCCAAGGGGGUUCCUCAAACCGACGUCAGGGCCGUGGGUAGUCACGUGGUGAUGGACCCGACGCUCAUCUGUAAAAAGACCCGUCGACUGCGCGGCAGACUUGCAGACAUUUGCAAGAAGGAGCCGGCGCUCCUGAAGGAGAUUACGAAAGGCGUGUCACUAGGCACCAAGGAGUGUCAGUACCAGUUCCGGAACCGACGAUGGAACUGCACGACAGCGCGCAGAAGCCUCCGGAAAGUUCUCAUGAGAGACACCCGCGAGACUGGAUUUGUGAACGCAAUCACGGCUGCCGGAGUGACGUACGCUGUAACUCGAGCGUGUACGAUGGGCGACCUCAUAGAAUGCAGCUGUGACAAGUCCACAAAAGGCAAGAAUCGACUGGGUCCGUUCGCUCGUGAUAACAGCGCCAUCAGCAGCACGGCGGCCUCGACCGCGGCCGCGACGGACGGAGACUGGGUUUGGGGAGGUUGCGGUGACAACGUAAACUUCGGUUAUCGGAAAUCGAAGGAUUUCAUGGACGCUCCGUACCGUCGUAGAAGCGACAUCAAGACCCUCGUGAAACUCCAUAACAACGAUGCUGGUCGCCUGGCAGUGAAGAACUUCAUGAGGACAGAUUGCAAGUGCCACGGACUGUCGGGAUCAUGCGCGAUGCGCACUUGUUGGCGCAAGAUGCCUCCUUUCCGGGACGUCGGUAACCGCCUAAAGGAGCGUUUCGACGGGGCCGCCAAGGUCAUCCCGAGCAACGACGGCCACAGCUUCAUACCCGAGGGCGACACCAUAAAGCCGCCAGACCGCAGCGACUUGGUCUACUCCGAAGACUCGCCCGAUUUCUGUAAGCCAAACCGGAAGACGGGCUCCGUCGGGACGCAGGGGCGACAGUGCAACGCGACGUCCCCUGGUGUGGAAGGGUGCGAGCUGCUGUGCUGCGGUCGUGGGUACGACACCCGACAGGUCCGAGAGAAGAUUAAUUGCAGGUGUCGGUUCAAAUGGUGCUGCGAGGUCACGUGUGACACGUGCAGUUUCAAGAAAGCUAUCAACACGUGUCGCUGAGAACUUCUGUGGUCUGGUGUCAGUGUUGUUCCUAAAUACAUGACGCGUGUAGAAUGAGGACGAUGUUUUCUGAACGGAUCGCCAAGAGGAGAGUUUUAUCUGUUAAUUGCUGUUGUGGCUGAAUAAUGCUUCCUAUACUUUGCUGAAGACAGGGUUUUUUUUACACAUAUUUUAAACCUUUGGUAUUAUUUUCAUUCAGAUUGGCGAGUGGCUUCAGAAAUGAAGAAGUUUGCAGAAUCAUGUCGUCACACGUAAUAGACCAGUUAAUAUUGUAAUGUGAGCGUCAGAUAAUGAAUAUAUAUAUAUUUUUUUUCUUCGAAAAAGUGUCUCCUGCGUAGCUACGUACAGUGUAUAUGUGCUGUAUUAAAUUAAGAACGCUUUCGACUUGACGUACUCCGUGUGUUGAAAUAGUAAGUCAUUAAAUAAUUUCUUAAUUAUUUGAAUUAUUUAGACAUACACUGGGGUAUGUUGAAGUAUAAAGAAUUUAUAAGAAUUUUGAUACCCGGCUUUCUGACAUUCUACUUUCAUCUGACUAAAGGAGCGUGGAUCCUUGUAACCUGUCAAAUAAUCAUCUCCGCUAACUUUAUUCAGCUCCUGGGUGCAGAGACUGGCAGCUGGAUGGCUGUCACUUGAAGGAACCACGUGGUAUCACAGACGACAAUGAAUAAUAAUCUCCCGCGUGUAUUUUUAUGAUACAAAGACGGACAGUGAACAGACUUCAGUCUAAAAUGAUCGAUUCGUUUGCUUGGGGACGCUCGUGUGAAUGGUCUUGAAUAGAUUAUUGAUUUUUUUGUGUGGAUGAUCUUGUGAAAAUGUUUGAAACGUGAAUCUGAGCGAUGAUCAUUUAACAUCGAUAAUCCUUAUUAGAUUAAUGAAACCUGUCGUGUUGAAAUAUGAAAACUUAUUUCAGUAUUCUUAGAAAAUCUUUUGUUGGUAACUCAAAAUUCGCAUUGAACUCUGCGUUAAUUUUUUUAAUCUUUGCGGUUUGAAUUAUCUAGUGGAAAUAUUCAUUGUUUUUCUCUCCUAAUCUAAUACAUGGAAACCUAUGGCUUGCCAAUCUUGGUCGAACGCCAGUUUACAUAAACUGCAAGGAUCGUUGGUUUGAAUAACAUUGACGCAAUAAGCAAUUUCUGUCCUCACAUUUGUAUUAUUAGUAUAAUUAUUAUUAUUGAAUAGGAGGGCGAUUAUUGAAUAAUGAAUUGGGAAGAAUGUGGAAGUAAGCGACGCGGCCUAAUUUAAGGAACUAUCCGUGAAUUUGCCUAGAAGACUGAGAACGGUCUAGUUUUUGUGACAGCUAAAUAUUUGAAUAUCAGAGAAACUUUUGUAAAGUAAAUAUAAUAUCAACUAAAACCUGCCCUUUAAAUUUACGCUAGAAUACGCCAUAAGGAAAGUUCAAUUGAACGGGACACAUCAGCUGUUGGAAUACGCUGGUGAUGUUAAUUUAUUGGGAGACGUCAUAAAUACAAUAGAGAGGAACGCAGAAGUUUUA